AUGUCUGUCGACACCGUAUCUGACUCACUCGCCCACACAACCCUCUCCGAAGCCAAGGGACCCUCACCCGCUUCCUGCACUACGAGCCACGAGAAGGACCUAUGCAUGCAAGCCUACGACGAAGCAUGCAAGAAGGCAUUAGACGAGUAUGACCAAAAGAACCGUCUGGAAUUCGAGGAAGAUCUGGAGAUGCUGAAAGAUUAUCCUGAUUUGAAGGAAGUAGAGAGGAUGAAGCAGACCGCAGAGGAGCAGAUUGCUGAGGACAGGGCGGAGCUCGUUGAGUCUCUGGAACAAGGCCGUCUUCACAUUUUACGCACCGAAACAUGGAAAGCACAGUGA